AUGCGUGAAAUCGCCCAUCUGCAAGCUGGUCAAUGCGGCAAUCAAAUAGGAGCCAAGUUUUGGGAAGUGAUCUCCGACGAACAUGGCAUCGACCCUACCGGCACCUAUCACGGCGACUCCGAUCUCCAGUUAGAACGCAUAAACGUUUAUUACAACGAAGCGUCCGGGGGAAAGUAUGUUCCUAGAGCGAUCCUGGUGGACCUGGAGCCUGGCACCAUGGACGCGGUACGCUCUGGACCGUUCGGUCAAAUAUUCCGACCGGACAAUUUUGUUUUUGGACAGAGCGGUGCUGGGAAUAAUUGGGCCAAAGGGCACUACACCGAGGGUGCAGAGCUCGUCGAUUCCGUUCUCGACGUGGUACGCAAGGAAGCCGAGAGCUGCGACUGUUUGCAAGGAUUUCAACUGACUCAUUCUCUCGGCGGUGGAACGGGCGCCGGUAUGGGAACGCUGCUUAUUUCGAAGAUUCGCGAAGAAUAUCCGGAUAGAAUUAUGAUGACGUUUAGCGUGGUACCAUCUCCGAAGGUAUCGGACACCGUGGUCGAACCUUACAACUGCACCCUGUCGGUGCAUCAACUGGUGGAAAAUACGGACGAGUCUUACUGCAUCGACAACGAAGCUCUUUACGACAUUUGCUUCCGUACUCUAAAGUUAACCACGCCGACUUACGGUGAUUUGAAUCACUUGGUAAGCGCUACGCUCAGCGGAGUGACCACGUGUUUGAGAUUCCCUGGCCAGCUGAACGCUGACUUGCGCAAACUCGCUGUAAAUAUGGUACCUUUCCCACGACUACACUUCUUUAUCCCUGGUUUCGCACCUCUGACCUCCAGAGGUUCGCAGCAGUACAGAGCUCUCACGGUACCGGAACUCACGCAACAAAUGUUCGACGCGAAGAACAUGAUGGCGGCAUGCGAUCCUCGUCACGGACGUUAUCUGACGGUGGCUGCCGUCUUUCGGGGAAGAAUGUCGAUGAAAGAGGUGGACGAGCAAAUGCUCAACAUUCAGAACAAAAACAGUAGUUACUUCGUCGAGUGGAUUCCCAGCAACGUGAAAACCGCUGUCUGCGACAUUCCUCCUCGCGGAUUAAAAAUGUCGGCAACUUUUAUCGGAAAUUCGACGGCGAUUCAGGAAUUAUUCAAGAGAGUGUCGGAACAAUUUACGGCGAUGUUCAGACGGAAGGCCUUCCUGCACUGGUACACCGGAGAGGGCAUGGAUGAAAUGGAAUUCACCGAAGCUGAGAGCAAUAUGAACGACUUGGUUUCCGAGUACCAGCAAUAUCAAGAAGCCACCGCCGAGGAAGAAGGAGAAUUCGACGAAGAGGAGGAGGGCGAGGGUGAACAACCCUGA